UAUAAUUUUUAUUUAUGAAAUUUAGCUAAAAGUUCUCCCUCUUCAAAGUGGGGAUCUGUUAGACCUUCUAUGGGACAUCCUGAACCAUUCGAUUUCAGAUUUGUUGCUGUUGGAAAUGAAAAUUGUUUUCCUCAUCAUGAAGUGCACUAUCAAGAAAAGUACUUUAAGUUCUAUAAUGCUAUAAAACGUGCUUAUCCAGAGAUUCGGAUUAUCUCAAAUUGUGAUGGUUCUAAAAUGCCAUUAAGUCACCCUGCUGAUCUCUUUGAUUUCCAUAUAUAUCCAAAUAAUUCUAUGGACAUGUUUUCCAAAUACUGAGUAUUUGACAAGACAUCAAGAUCAGGUCCAAAGGUUUGAUUAUAUUGCUUACUUUUAAUUUCUUUAGUGGAAUUAUUAUUUAUGGAUUCUUUAUUUAUAUAUAUGCAUUUGAUAAAUGAAGGAUCAACUUUGUCUAUUGGCUUUAAAUGCAUGUGUUUGUUAGUGAAUAUGCUGUUACGAAUGAUGGUGCAAGAAAUGGAACCCUUUUGGCUGCAUUGGCUGAAGCUGC